UUUACUUUAAAUACGUAUAGAAAAGUUUGAACUCUUUCAAGAAAAACUUAUAGAGGUCAACACACAAAUCUCAGACUUCGCAUAAGGUAACAAGAAGUGCAGAAACUAAAAAAGCAACAAUGUGGAAAUGCAUAGGGCUUUUCACAAUCAUGAUACUGCUACUGUUCUUGCAGGAUCAUGUUGUUAUUUCAUCACCUUCUGCAGCUACUACACACUUGAGUCCGAACAGGCAAAAGCUUGCGCUGUUUCAGUUUAGGCUUAGCAUGUCAAUAGAUAAAUCUCCCGCUAUUUGUUCUGAUGGGACCACAUCUAAGGUGAUGAACUGGAGCCUGAGCUCUGAUUGCUGUACGUGGGGUGGAGUGACCUGUAACCAGACGACUGGAGACGUGGUUGGACUGGACCUCCGUUGCAGCCAGCUUAUAGGAGCCAUCUUUCCCAACAGUACCCUCUUCCAACUCUCUUUUCUCCAGUUCAUUUAUUUAGAUCAUAAUAACUUAUAUGGAUUAUUACCUGAAGAGAUUUUCCACCUGCCUAACUUGCAAGUAUUAAGUGUCUUCUACACCAAUCUCACUGUUAGUUUACCAAAAAAUAAGUGGGGGAGUAGCAGUAGUCUCCAGGCGCUUUAUCUUGAACAAAUAACCUUAUCUGGAGGAAUACCUGAUUCAAUAGGUUACCUCAAGUCCUUGAAUCUUUUGUCACUCCCAAAUUGCAGCAUCGAUGGGGAAAUUCCAAAAGCCAUUGGGAACCUUACUCAACUCACUAAGUUGGACCUCAGUUUAAAUAAUCUUACUGGCCUAAUUCCUGAUUCAUUAGCAAAUCUUCAAAACCUUACAGUCCUUUACCUUAAUAACAACAAAUUAUCUGGUCACUUCCCUUCCUGUGUUGCCAACCUUCAACUACUCGAGGAGUUAAUUCUGUCUACUAAUUUACUCAGCGGACCACUUCCCUCCAACCUAACUGCACUCUCCCUACCGAACCUAACUAAUCUCCAAAUAUUUGAAAACUUGCUGAACGGGACAAUACCAUCCUGGUUGUUUGAUCUUCCAUCCCUUUUCUUUUUGUCUAUCGACUUUAAUAGCUUCACAGGUCAGCUAAAUGAGUUCAAUGCCUCCAGGUUGGUGCUACAAGUUUUUACUUGUAGCAAUAAUUUGAUAAAUGGAUCCAUUCCAGAAUCUUUUUUUGACCUUGUGAACCUCACCAUGCUAGACUUGUCUUCAAACAAUUUCAGUGGUGUCUUGGAUAUUGAAAUGUUUUCUCACCUUGAAUUCCUUGAUAGACUUAUUCUUUCAUACAAUAGUCUAUCAGUAAGAGUUACAAAUUCAAGCAUGCUCCCUCCUCAGAUUCAAACUUUGGGUUUGUCGUCCUGCAAGAUCAAGGAGUUCACACAUUUCUUUGGAACUGCAGAGAACCUCAGAUAUCUAGAUUUAUCAAACAACCAAAUUCAUGGGGAAAUUCCUCAAGGUAUUGGGGAGGCUAAAUUUUAUAAUCUAGAUCUUUCUGAAAACUUCUUAUCUGGUGGCAUUGAGAAUCUUCCGUGGGCUUUCCUUGAUUAUCUAAAUCUCCAGUCUAAUAUGCUUAAUGGAUCAUUGCCUGCUUCCAUCUGCAAUUCGAGUUCUCUUGAUGUUCUCAAUUUGUCCCAUAACAAUUUGAGUGGUGUGCUUCCCACUUGUCCUUCCAGUUUAGACUACAGUCUUUCGGUGUUAGAUGUAAGGGUUAACAGUAUCAGAGGAAGUAUUCCAUCAGCUUUAUCAAAUUUUCGUAAGCUAAGAAGUUUAAAUUUGUACAGGAAUAAACUGGAAGGAAGAAUACCUCCUUCUUUUGCAGAACUCGAAUACCUAGAAGUUCUUGAUCUUGGAAGUAAUCAAAUAAGCGAUACCUUCCCACAAUGGCUAGAAGCUCUUCAAAAUCUCCAAGUUCUUAGUUUGAAAUCAAAUAAAUUGCAUGGUAGCAUAAACAAUGUGUCCAAGGUAGAACAUCCAUUUCCUAGCUUGAGAAUCAUUGACCUCUCCAACAAUGAGUUUUCAGGUCCUCUGCCAGCAAAAUAUAUUAAGAACUUCAAGGGUAUGAUGAAUCGCGAAGUCAAUACAUUGGAAAAGAGAUAUAUGGGAGAUUCAUACUACAGUGAUACAGUUACCAUGGUGAUAAAAGGGGUACCAACUGAGUUUGUCAGGAUUUUAACUGCAUUCACAACAAUUGAUCUUUCGGAAAACAACUUUGAAGGAGAAAUGCCUGAAUUUAUUGGAAAUCUGAAGUCACUCCGAGACCUCAAUUUAUCUCACAAUCAUCUCUCUGGCCAUGUACCAUCCUUGAUUGGAAAAUUGUCGGUGCUAGAGUCAUUAGACCUCUCCUUCAAUCAACUUGUAGGAAUUAUUCCUCCAGAGCUUACAUGUAUAUAUACUCUUUCAAAGCUAAACCUCUCCUAUAAUUACCUUAGCGGUCAUAUUCCAGAAGGCGCUCAAUUCCAAACAUUUGAUGAAGAUAGCUAUGGUGGAAACUUGGCUCUCUGUGGACGUCCAUUGUCCAAAAGGUGCAAUAUUAAAGAGAUUUCUGAGACUCAAGAAGACGCAGACGAGGAUGAUGAUUACUUUUUUAGUGGUUUUACUUGGGAAGCUGUGACGAUGGGAUAUGGUAGUGGCGUGGUGGUUGGAUUCCUCAUAGGAUAUGUGAUUCUCAGAACUCGAGAACUAAAAUGGUUAACAAGAAUUACUGCUAAAAAAUGGGGUCGCAAGGUCAGAAGUCUGGAGAUUAGAAGAUUUGCAUAGAGAUUAGGCUAUAUGAGUCGUUAACUUUUGUUGUCAUUCCAAACUUGUAAUGUAAAUUCUCUGGUAUUGGCUUUUAACUUCUAAGUUGUUUUACAGCAGUUUGAUUCUGUUCUUGAAUAUACUCAAUAAGAAGUUGCAUACAAAUAUAUUUGCCUUUCUU